GUCAUUACGGGGACAGUAUGGAGUUCAGGUCUCUCUCUGUGAUACUCUUGCUGACUGUCCUCAUCCACAGUGGACAAACAGCGAGACCAAAAGCUACAGUGACAAUACACCCAGCUAAUCCUGUGUUCAUCGGAGAGACAGUCACUCUCACGUGUCAUAUAGGAAGUCGACAUCAUUGGCAGUAUGACUGGUUUAAGAAUAGUAAACCUCUCAGUGAAGCUCAGUGGAGGAAGGAAUACACCAUUUCUAAUGUUGCUGCAUCUCAUAGAGGAGCUUAUACCUGUAAAGGAAGACAGUCAACACAGCCGCGUUACUCAGAGACCAGUGAUGCUGUUACACUGACUGUACCAGGAAAACCCACACCGACUGUGAGGGUGGAUCCUCAGAGCUCUGUCUACACUGGAGACACAGUUACUCUGACCUGUGAGGUGGAGUCUACUGGAUGGGAGUUUCUCUGGUACAAAGACCCAUUACAGCCUCAGAGUCCUGUAGGUAAAGAGACCAACACAGUCAGAGUAACAGUGUCUCAUGCAGGAACAACAGAGUUUAAAUGUGAAGCACGCAGGAAAAACUACUUCUACGAUGGCAGUUACCAACACUAUGACGGCUACGACUACGACUACAGUAACAACCGCUAUGUCUACUACUACGACUACAACACACAGACCAGUGCUCCAGCCGUGAUCACAGUUACAGCGAGACCAAAAGCUACAGUGACAAUACACCCAGCUAGUCCUGUGUUCAUCGGAGAGACAGUCACUCUCACGUGUCAUAUAGGAAGUGGACAUCAUUGGCAGUAUGACUGGGUUAAGGAUAGUAAACCUCUCAGUGAAGCUCAACAGAGUAAGGAAUACACCAUUUCUAAUGUUGCUGCGUCUCAUAGAGGAGUUUAUACCUGUAACGGAACACAGUCAACACAGCCGCGUUACUCAGAGACCAGUGAUGCUGUUACACUGACUGUAUCAGAAAAACCUAAACCUGAACUCACAUCAAGCCAUAAAGGAGCUGCACUGAUAGGAAAUCCAGUGGUUCUGUACUGUAAGCUGGAUCAGUCUGCUGGAUGGAGGUUUUACUGGUCCAAACACACACAGAGCCCUGAGAAUGAGACCAAGCCUGAAACACACUCCUACACCAUCAGCUCAGUCAGUGUCUCUGAUGGAGGACAGUACUGGUGCAGAGCUGGGAGAGGAACCCCAGUCUACUACACUCACUACAGUGAUGCUCUCUGGAUAAACGUCACUGGUACGACCCGUUCAGACUCUCUGACAGUCAGUCCCAGUAGAGCUCAACAUUUUAGUGCUGGCUCUCUUUCACUGAGCUGUGAGGGACAGAGUGACUCUACUGGAUGGAGAGUGAGACGAUACACACACAGUGAGAAGGUGUCAAAUUGUUCAUCAGGCCUGGGAUCAGUUACAGGAUCUACAUGCAACAUCAGCUCCCUCAGCACAUCCCACACUGGAGUGUACUGGUGUGAGUCUGAAUCUGGAGAGAGCAGCAAUCCUGUCAACAUCACAGUGACCAAUGGUGCUGUGAUUCUGGACAGUCCUGUUCAUCCUGUGACUGAGGGAGAUCCUCUGACUCUGCGCUGUUUAUAUCGUGACCCAAAGCCCUCAAACCUCACAGCUGAGUUCUAUAAAGAUGGAUCACUCCUCCAGACUCAGACUACAGGAGAGAUGACCAUCCGUACUGUCUCAAAGUCAGAUGAAGGUCUCUACCACUGUAAACACCCAGAGAAAGGAGAGUCUCCACAGAGCUGGAUCUCAGUCAGAGGUUCUGAUUCUAAAACUGUAAUAUUAGCAGUUUCAGUGGUACUGAGUUUAGUCCUGAUCCUCAUCAUCAUACUGGGUCUGUUUUGGUGCUACAAGAAGAAGAAAGGAGAUCAGCAGAACACCAAUCAGACACCAGACCAGAGUCAGAGUCCAGGAUCCACACAGCUGCAGACGGAUUCUGGACCUGAACCUGGUGAUUUGACUUAUGCUGAAAUUGAUCUGAAAGACAAGAAGAAGCCAAAGAAAACUCAGGACAAGCUGCUUGAGGAUGAUUCUGCUGGCGGCUCCGGAGAUCUAACUUAUGCUCAAGUUAAAACCAAGAAAAAGAAAUCCAGAGGAAAAGCGACACCAUCAACUGAGGUGACAUAUUCCCAGAUUGCAAUGAAAAGUCUUAAACAGGACAGCAAAGAUUCUGGACCUGAACCUGGUGAUGUGAUUUAUGCUCAAAUUGAUCUGAAAGAGAAGAAGAAGCCAAAGAAAACUCAGAACAAGCUGCGUGGGGGGAAGAGCAGGGAGGAAGCUGAUACUGUCUACUCAGAGCUGAAGAACUGAGUAACAAAGGGAAGAUGAGCUCAAACAGGUCAUCACACUUCCCUUUCAUAAAUGACAAUGUGUGAAAGCUUUUAACAUUGCCAAGUUUAUGUAAUAUUUUUCUAUGAUCUGGAUUUUUUUUAAUGUCAUAUUUUUGUUUAUUUGAUUAAUUUGAUGUGGUUUUAAUU